ACCACUGCAACGAGGGACUGGGGCUUGGUCUUGAAGUUUUUCAGAUGCAUCUGUAGAUGAAUCAUAACAGCAUCAAGAUGUCGGGACGAUCAGGCCGCGCCGAGACCCGGAGUCGGGCUAAAGAUGACAUUAAAAAGGUCCUGGCGGCCAUCGAGAAAGUGCGCAAAUGGGAGAAGAAAUGGGUGACAGUUGGAGACACAUCCUUACGCAUAUUCAAGUGGGUGCCAGUAACAGAAACAAAGCAGAUAUAUCGCACCAAAUCCACAGGUGGAGAGGUUAGACUGAAAGACGUGGUGCUGGAAAACACAAACUCUUUACUGGAUUUCACUGAUGAAAACAGCAACCAGAGCUUUUUGUCGGACGUCUACCAGCCUAAAAUGGACAACAGCAGUAGCACCUCUAGCUCGCAGCAGGUCAGCCCUCCACACACGUCCGGCCUCCGAGCUGAAGACUCCCAACCACCAAUGCUGGGCCAGGAGAGUGUGGACGAGCCAGUUCAUUCAGGACAAGAGGGGGCUGAUGAGCCUCCGACUCUCAUCAAGGAGGACCUUCUUUCAUCAGGAACAGUCAGACGGAGCACCCUGGACACACAGGAGGAACUGGAUGAAUCAGGGGCACCCCCUUUAAAGAAGAUCUGCACAGGAGAAAAUGCUGUACUGAGAUAGCUUAUUUAUAAAUUGUUUUGUCAAAAUGCACCCAAAGUCUUUGAGCAUACCUGUCAUCAGCUGUUGUCACAUCAGCUAAGCUUUCAAAAAUGAUUUGAAGGUUCUCAUGACAUAUUUACACAAAUAUUACUCAUUACAUUUCAGCAAAUGAAAAGGUAUCUACCGCAGAAUCUUUGUUCACUUUUAAAGGUCUUUUAAAAGGCUCAGAUUUCUGAAAGGUAUGGAAAUGAUCAAGUCACUGGUAUAGCAGGCGGAUUGUAUUUCCUUUCAUAUGCCAUAAAUGUCUGGCAACUGUUUCUCAUUUACUCUUCAUGCAGUUGAACUUCUGUUUGCAUGUUUCCAUAUCCUAUUGCUUUCUGUUUUUAUUUUGGAGAUUUACAUGCCAUUUUGGAAAUAUGUUAAAUGUGUAGCUUUAUGCAGGUUGAUGUUUAGAUGUGCCAUUAUUGUAUAAAAAUGAUGCCCUUUCUAAAACAGAUCCUCUUUUGGCUCAUCACAUGCAAGAAUAAAUCCCUUUAUAAAAUAUUUAUAUCAUAAUUUGCCCAUGUUUAUAACAGAUUGUGUUUUGUAAACCAUAAUAAAUGCUACUCUUCAUGUCAAUUAA